AGCCACAUUAGCCAGCUGCGCUUUGGAGCAAUGUGCAGCUUCUUUGUUUGUCAAAUUUAAGCUGCAGCUGCGUCAGCAGCUGUUGAUGUAGUUGCAGAGGAUGACCCGACUAUGCUACCUGAUGUUGUUCCUGGUGUGCGGCGCAGAGCGCCUGCUGGUCACGGCAGGACGCGAAGAACGAGAUGUUCAGCGCCUGCUGAGCGUUGACUGGGACCCGGACGCAAAGAACACGUCCGAAGAGAAGAGCACAGGGAACAAAGAGGAUGAUGAGUUUGCAGCUGAAGACGAUCCAGAAGCUGAGGAGGUGGAGGAUCUGCACCAUAGUCGCCACAAGGAUCAGGAGGUGCUGGACCACCAGAUUGCCAUUGGACUGGCCAUUAUGUUCCUGGGCAUGAUUUUUAUGGCUGGCUUGCUCGCAAUGGUGAUUGCGUAUCCAGAUCCACAGAUCCGGCACUACUGCGUUCGAAUUUGCAGCUCUACGGUUGUGAUUUUCAUCGCUAUUGGAAUUCAGCAUGCCGCGCUUGUCUCCACGACGAUCGGGCAUUACACUGGUCUGAAAAGCGGCUGGAGAUCUGUCGUGCACACUUUCCCUCUCUAUUGGUGCGCCACAAUUUAUGUGUGCUUCAAGGUUCGGCACCGCCAUAUCGACUUCCGCGCAGUUGGGUUUGUGUUUUCCCACAUUUUGGCGUUUGACGCCAUCUUUGCCGGCAGUGAUCUACUGUACAAAUUCGGCUACACUAGGAACACCGAGAGCAAGCCGAUGUGGCAGGCAGUGGUCUAUAGAUGUGUCCUGUGGUGCAUCUUCGUGCUUUUCUUCUACGUGCUCCUAAAGAUCACGCUCAAGGUUCUGCUCAGGUUGCCCUUCACCUGUGAGGUGCCAGAUGUACUUCACCACGGGCAUGGAGAGGUGAGUUCGGGACACAGCCAUGAAGGCGGACAUGCUGCUGUGGAUAUACCUCAUGCCGAACACGCGCAUUCUGCCGUGGACACACCUGAGAGUGUUGCCGAGUUCAUCGAGGAGCUGUAUGAGUCCUUUGAAGAGGCUGGCCUCCUCGCACUCAGUUACUUGGCAAACAAAUUCUUGAUAUAUAAGACAACUCUGGAGACGUACGACCUGAAGCACGCGCAGGGCAGCUAUGAUAGCCGAGAGCUGCUCUGGAAUGUCAAGAACUGCAGCGUGCUGCAUGCAGUGGCGACGCUGGCUGGUUGGAUCCUGCUCCUCAACCUGGCCAUCGUUUGCAUGGACCACCUCCUUUCCAGCAUUCGAACAUAUCAAGCGGUCUCCAGCUUCUUUUCGAUGUGCGUGGCUUGGGCUUCAAUGCACCUCUGCAAGUGCGUCAUCAUGAUGGAAAUUUCAGAGGAAGCCUGCGUUCUCAUCUUGACGGCCUUUGCCAUGACACCUGUCGCUGGAUUGUUGGUGAUUGUAGCAGACAAGAUGGCGGAUGCAGAUUUAAUCACCGACGAGCUGGCGGACACACUGGUGACGAGCUAUGGCUUCAUGAUUGGAUUCUCAUGGGAGAAGGCUUAUGCGGAGGCCUCUCAUCUACUGAUGGGCGACAACAAGCAAAGCGCAAAUAGCACGGCCAAUCCGUGGAAGGAGUCCAUGUUCAACCCGGAGUUCUGUUUCCGCGUGGCCAUGUGCUUUGCUUUGGUACUCGUGAUGUUCCCGGGCUGGCGUUUCCUGAUUCUUCCGCAUGCUUUAAAGCCCGUGCCCCCCCGGGAGCAGGCAGCGAAAGACUGCGUGAAGUGAUGGCCCGGCAUGCUGACAUGGGUAUGUAUUUGUUUUUUUCUUU